AUGGAGAGCAAAUACAUUAAUGAAGACCUGAAGAGGGAGAGGGCAUCGCCUCCAUUUGAUCCAGAGGCCCUCUCAGUCGGCAUUUAUGGAAAGGAUAUGUUCCCCAAGCUCGUGCGGCUUCAGAGCAUCUUUGCACAGAAUGACAGGCUUAGCCUUCGCCACAUUUGGUCCUGUGAUGCGAAAACCAGGUACCUCCAUGCUUGCCGAAUUGGCGAGGAGUUGGCUUAUCUGAUUCGCAAGCAUAAGCUGAUAGACGACCCCCAGAUAAUAGGCGCGCUGCAAGUCAUGGUUGGGGAAGACAUGUUUCUCCUGUUGCACCUCACCAUGUUCCUUUCCACGCUCGAGGCUAUGUGUAACGAAGAACAAGCCAAAUACUGGGUCCCACUAGCCCGCGAUUUUCGCAUUUUGGGGACUUACGCCCAGACGGAGUUGAGCCACGGGUCCAAUGUUAGCCGGUUGGAGACAGAGGCUGUCUUUGAUGAAGAGACGGAUGAAUGGGUUCUCAACACCCCAAGCCUAACAGCAAGAAAAUGGUGGGUAGGGGGACUUGCAAAGUCUUGUACUCACUGUAUUCUUAUGGCGCGACUCAAGAUUAAGGGCACGGAUUACGGCGUUCAUCCCUUUAUUCUGCAAGUGAGGGACCUUCACCAUCACCGGACGCUGCCAGGAGUCACGCUGUUGCAUAUUGGUCAGAAGAUAGGUUACCAGGGCAUGGACAACGGCAGCCUUCACUUGCAGGAUGUAAGGAUUCCCAGAAGGCAACUGCUCAUGCGGUUUUGUGAAGUCUCCAAGGAGGGCUACUACAAGACAACGGGCAGCAGAAAGCUGCUUUACGGGACGCUCACCUUUACCAGGAAGCAGAUUAUCCUUUCUGCGGGGGCCCACCUCUCACGAAGCGUUGUUGUCGCCAUCAGAUAUACCGCUGUGAGGCGACAGUUCGCCUCCUCUACUGAGCCGGGGGCCUCUGAACAGCAGAUUCUCUCCUACAGCACCACCCAGAGGGCCAUCAUGCCACUUCUAGGAAUGGCGAUUGCUUUCAUCCACACCGGCAGAUGGACAGACAGCGUCUACCAAGCCUUUAAAGAGGAGGGGGAAAAAGGCGUGUUCGAUGGGCUGGAGGAGGUUCAUUUGAUAACCAGCUGCUUGAAGGCCUACAUGACGCUUGCUGUUGCUGAAGGGAUCGAAACGUGCAGGAGGGCUUGUGGAGGUCACGGGUACAUGCAGGCAUCUGGGGUGUCUCUGCACCUCGUCAGCUUUCUUCCUCAAGUCACAUAUGAGGGAGACUUUGUUAUUUUGUCUCUCCAAGCAGGGCGACUGCUGCUGAAAGCCGUAGGUAACAAAAUGGCGGGGGGAGCUCUCAAGGAAGGGCUCCAAUCAUCCGUGCGGCAUCUUUACGACUUCGAUCCGACUGCCGCUCACGAUCUACAGGACGUAACGACUGAGAAUCUGCACUGCCCGUACUGGCUAGUGAAGGCGUUUGAGAGAAGGUCCUCGGUGAUGGUGUAUCAAACUGCUCAGCGGUUUGCGUCUCUAGGAGGCCCCGCUGCACUCUCGGCCUUUGAGGCUAUAAAAGUGGAUCUGACGAAACUGACAGUCUCCCACGCGCAGCUCUUAGUGCUCCGCGCCUUCCUCUCCCAGAUAGAAGCCCUGAAGAAAGCGGGAGAGGUGCCUGUGUAUCGCGUGUUGUUGGUGCUUUUUCGGUGCCUGGCUUUAGCUUGGAUGGACGAGCACUUGGCCGAGUUUCUUAUUGGAGGUGCCCUAGGCCUUAGCUCUCACGAGGCGGUGAAGGAAGCCCUCACUGCUUCAUGCAAAGAAGCAAGAAAAACGGCUGUCGUUGUUGCAGACUCUUUCAGACAUACAGACAACUUUCUAAAUUCCGCACUCGGACGGUAUGAUGGAGACGUUUACCGUGCGCUGCUUGAGUCCACAAAGGCCGAAGCCCUCAACAAGGAGGACGUAGCUGAAAGCUACGAGCGCCACUUACAGUUCAUUCUUCAUCCAGAGAGAAAGAUAGCGAGACCCAAACUCUAG